GCUCUACUGGCACAGCGAAAAGAGUCCUCAAAGGGCUGAGGCGGGAAAUUAACUCACUUUCUGGAGGGAAACCCGAAGAAAACCUAUCAUUUUCUUUCACACUCUGCUCAAUUUGGUUUAUCCGACCCGUUUCUAGCUGACACGAAUAUGGCCGAAAUCGAAACCCUCGGUAUUCUUGACGAGAUUCAAGCCCUCGUCUCCGAUAAACUUCAAGUGGUUUCUUACAAAUGGUUAAGUCGAAAUUUUUUGGUGUCAUCAAAUUCUGCUAAGAGGCUUCUUCAAGAGUUUGUGGAAAAGCAUGGAAAUGAACUUGAAGUAAUUUAUUCUUUAUCCGGCUGGUUGAAGAACAAUUCUUCAGAUUACCAUAUAAGGCUUGUCUCCAAGCAUAAACUUGCAGAAGCCAAACAAGAAUUUGAUGUAAGUUGCUCGGUUCAGGUCUACAGUGUGCAAGCCUGCAUUCCCAAGGAUCCUGCAGUGCUUUGGAAUGCUGAGUUUGUCCAAGCUGAAGACCUCUCUAGGCAGCCGCUCACAGUUGAUAAUUGUUUGAGAGAUAAUAGGUUUUGUGGAGUUUCAAAUUCUUUUGUCAAGCGAAAUGCUGGUGGAAAACUGUUGGGUGCUCCUGGGCCACAGGCGAAGAGCUCAGAAGUUUCAGGGACAUCUAAAAAUAACUCCGCACUUGAAAUUGCAUUAUUACAUCCUCAACAGCAAGUGGUUCAGCAGUCAAGUUCUAUCACAAGUCCUGGUAUGGUUAAAGAUGUCAAAAGUGAGUGUUAUGUAAGAGUCGAUAAUGAAAAGCGUGCAAAGCCUGCUGCAGAUAAAGAAAAAGUUCCUCAAUUGGUUCCAAACAAGAAAAAAACCCAGAGUGAUAAAAAAAAUUCUGGAACUGGAGGUGCAUUAGCUAAUAUGUGGGGUAAUGCAUCUGCAAAAUUAAAACCUGAUGGUGCCUCUGCACAAUGCAAAAAUGCCGCAACAAACUCUGCUGCUACUGCAGAGGCUCAAAUCUGUGCUCGUGAAGCUGUAGAAUAUGGGAGCAGCGACGAAGAUAGACAAGAUUUCAACAUAAAAAGAACGUCAAAUGGUGAAGGAAAUAGAAAAAGGAGGGUUGUGUUUGAUUACUCCGACGAAGAAGAUGAAUUGAAAGAUGCUGUCAGUCUAGAAUCUCCUGAUCCUCCAAAAAAGACUACUCUAGGUUCAAAACAGAGUUUGAAUACUUCAGGCCUUGGGAGCAACCUGAGCUUUAAUGAAGAGAAGGAAUCGAACGUCAAGGAAGUGAAAGAAGCUGACAAAACAAUUAACCAUCCUUUGAGAAGAGAAACAUCAGAUGUGAGCAAAGGCAUGGACUCCGCUGUUCCUUCAUCAGAUAAUAUCCUAAACCGCGUUCCUGCAACUGAUGUUGAUGUGAAGGAUAAUGUGGUGGAUUCUGGACCCAAAAGAAGAAAAGUUUUAAAGACUCGGAUUGAUAUGCGUGGAAGAGAAGUCACCGAGGUUGUCUGGGAGGGUGAGGAGCCAGAGACGAAACAUGAUAGUAAUACAGCGAAGAUAGCUGGGAACAAUACAGUGAACAGUGCUGUUAACAGGCCACCGGUGGCUAGGAAGUCAUCUGCAGUCGGAAACAGCGUGCCUGCAAGCAAAGCAGGAAACAAGAAAGCGGGGAAUAAGGAUACUAAACAAGGGAACAUCCUUUCAUUUUUCAAGAAGGUUUAAAGAGUCUGCUGCAUCUUCGCUAAAUUGCCCAGUUCUUUGUGUAAGAGCCUCCUUUAAUAGUGUAAUUACGAUUUCGGAUUGAAUACAAUUUCAAUUGUUUUUGGUAGUAGCCUUCUGUAUGGUUGGUUAAAGUUGACUAUGUUUAGAGAUUGUUCUGUACAAUUCUAUGGAAAAUUAAGCACCCGUUUGCCCCCAUUUUUCCAAA